AUUUCUUCAGCUAAGCAAAGGCAGGACAUGGAGGUGGAGGAACAAGCGAAGAGAAAGUCAAGAAAGAUUUCUUCAUCUUCAUCUUCUGCGCUUAUUAAUAAUCUUGAUGAUGGUUGCCUCAUGCAUAUUUUCAGCUUCUUAUCUCCCAUUCCAGAUCGGUAUAACACCGCCCUCGUUUGCCACAGAUGGUGUUAUUUGGCUUGCCACCCUCGACUGUGGCUGCGAGUCGAUAGAUCCGUGGAUUUUUCCAAACCUGGUGUUUUCCCUAACAUUGAAGAAGCUGUGUCUGCAGCCCGACCUGGUGACACUAUUUUAAUCGCAGCUGGUGGCAGUCAUCUUGCCUCUAAUAUUCAGAUUAAAAAGCCACUCUGCCUGAUCGGCGGAGGUGAACUUCCUGAUGAAACAACUAUCUUCUGUUUGCGAGGUUCAGACAGUGCAUUGGAGUUUCUAUCGACCUGCAAGCUGGCAAACUUAUCGGUUAAGGCGGAGCUAGGUUGCUGCUUGCUUCAUAGGAGUGGAAGGCUAAUUAUAGACGGAUGCAUACUUAAGUGUGAGUCGAACCCGUUGGACUAUCUAUCAUGCCCGAUUGUGAGUACGGCCGGUAGCGGGAUAUUCCCUUCCAACUUGAAGAGCGAUGGAGAUAGCGUUUCUGUAUCUCACACUCGGAUUGAAGGAGGCGCAAAGGCUGUUUUGACCAGUGGAGGUCUAGAACUACAGCGAGUUCGGGUGAUUUAUGCUCGAACUUGUCUGUAUUUCUGGUUUGAUGUUGAUUGUAAAUAACUGGAUUGGAUCAUCAUCCUUUGUGUGUGUCACAUUAUGCAGGUUAGGGAAUUCAAUUUAAUU